GAGCAAAGAUCACUAUUAAAAACUAAAUUAGUUUCCACGUUGUGCCAUUUGUCCGUUAAUAUUUUCCUCUCUGGCAAAAAUUUUUAAUAGCUGCAAGAUGUACACAUUGCUCAGCGUGCUGUGCUUAGUUACCAUACUUUCACGGGCAUCGGCCAAACCUCCAGUAACACAUAUUGUUGAUGGUUCACCUGCCGAAGAAUGCCAGUUCCCUUCAAUUGUCCAUCUUCAAUUUGAAGUAUAUGAUGGAAUAAUUGAAUGUGGUGGAACCCUGUUGAGCAAGAACCAUGUUUUGACAGCAGCCCAUUGCUUCCCCGAUGAUUUCUACAUCUAUGGCAGUUCUGUUAAUAUUGGAACCACCAAUAACACAGUGACAGGACAGCACUUAACGUUUGUUAAAGACUAUGCAAUCCACACUGAAUUUAGCACAGAUCCAAUGCGCAAUGACAUUGCCAUAUUAUCCCUGGAAAAACCUGUCAAGUAUAAUCGCUGUAUGAAAGCUGCCCGUCUUCCCAAAAUAGGAGAGACAUUCACCGAUAAACGAUGCAUAGCUGCCGGUUGGGGCCAGACCGGAUCUAAGGAAGAAUCAUCAGAAAAAUUGCUACAUGUCACAAUGCCUGUGAUCGACCAUGAUGAGUGCGUUUCCAAGAUGGAUUAUGCUUCUCUCAACGAGCAACAUAUCUGUGCUGGAGACUUCAAAACUGGAGGUGCCAGCACCUGCAUGGGUGAUUCUGGAGGCCCUCUCUAUUGUCCCUCAAGCAAUGGUAAAAUGGUACUGGCUGGGAUCACAUCUUUUGGCUACGAUUGCCAACAUGAUGCAGCCAUCUUCACAAAUGUUGCCUAUUACAAAAGAUGGAUUAAAUCUUUGAUGAAGAUUCUGUAAGGGAUGGCCAAUGUUUACCGACCGAUAUGGUAGAAUUGAUAUUCUCUCGUCCCAAACAUCGAUACUAACAACAACAACAAUAAAACCAAAUCAGCAACAAUAAUAACAUUACCAAUAUUACCACCUUCAAUAAGAACAACAACAACAAAUACCACAACAACAACAAAUACCACAACAACAGGUAAUGAAUUGAAUAAACCAACACCUCAGUAACAUAAAUGGUACCUAUCUCUUCUCUUGAACUAUUAAAAUCAACCUUAUAUAAGUAUUAAGGGACAAAACUAAAUACUGCCAAAAGGAAUGUAAAUGUUUCUCUCGUGCUGCUGGCCGUAAUAAAAUAAAUAUAAUAAUAA